UUUCUUAUGCUGUUUGAAUUGUGUGUCGGAAUAAAAAACAUUUGAAGAAAUGAACUUUGCUGAUAUUUUUGAAAUACAUUCUGUUGAUUUUCCUUAAUUUAAAAGGUCGACUUGUCAAUGAUCUAAUUAAUUUAUAUAAUUAACUAAUUAAUUCGUCUUAAAUGAAGGAGGGAUGGUUGCAAAGUUCAAACUAAUUAAACUUUUACAUCUAAUGCACAAAAGCGAAAGGCAUAAUUCAUUUAUGCAUGGAGUGACAGUUUGAAAAUAUUUUCACAAGGUUUCAACUUUUUCAAACCUGAGACGAUCAAAAUGGAUAGAAGACUCGCAUUAUUGUUAACUUUGAUGACAGUGUUUAUUGCUUUGGGUUUGUGGUUGGCGUCCAUUUUAACAAGAGGCUGGUUUGUUGUAACUUUAAAAACAACUAGCAUUCAGCCGACAUCCAUUCUUAAGAUUUCUUUGCCGCCAGUGCGUGUAGAACUGGGAAUUUUUCAUUGUACACUGUGUACGUCUGGUAAUUGUCUUCGUGUCCCUCUUGACAAUCUCCCUUCACCAGUAUCUGCCCUGGUGAAAAAACUGCCUAAGUUAUUAGAACUUCAGAUAACGAGUUCAGUUGCCCUAUCGUUAUGUGUCAUUGGGUUUUUACUUCUGAUGUUAAACUGUGGAUCAUCAUCGAAGGUUAAGGCCGGUGGAAUUGUCGUACUUUUGGCUGCUCUAUCUGAAUCCAUCUUGAUUCUCCGAAUGGUUGUAGCAACGGUUCAAGUGGCGUUAGACACUGUGGAAUCCACACUCGGUCUAUUGAACCUAAAGGUCAUAGAAGUUGAAGUUCAGACACCCUUCUCCGUAAUUCUGGCGGGUAUUGGCCUGGUUUUUGUCAUACUGGGUUUGAUUUGCAGUCGUAUUUUAUACUCAAAACUACUAGAACCGUCCACAGAUGGUCUAAAGUCUUCGAUUCCUGCUAUCAAUCUUGUCAUCCAAGAAGAAAGGUUUUAAAACUUUUUAAGUAUAAUCUAGUCUCAUUAGGUUGUAUUUUGAAAAUGAUGGUUUAAGGGAUGUCUGUAAUUUUUCAUCUUCGCUAGCCCAGGGUUUCUGAUACGCUACUCUCCUCAUAAUCAUGAGGAGAGUAGCGUAUCAGAAACCCUUGGCUAGCGAAGAUGGUAAUUUUUACGUAAUAUGUCAAUUAUAAAACUAUGGACAUUUUCAGCUUAAUAUUCUACUAUUAAACAAGAGUUUAAAAAAAAUAAAAUAACUAUUGACUUUUAUGCAAUUUUAAGUCUUCUUCCUACCUUUUUGAGGGGGGGGGGUUAAAUAUGAAUUAGACUAAGAUUUUAGA